CGGCCGUCAGACUGACUUGGUCAGGAAUCAGGGCGCAUUUCUCGCGGAGGCCGGCAUUGGCAAAGGUGGCUACCCAGAGGGCCACGACGACCAGCAGGAUCAGGCGGGUGACCAGCGGCAGGCGCAAGACAUAGGAGCGCAGGCGCUGCGGGCUGUAAUGGGCGGGGAGAGACACGACGGCCAUGUUGUCGGGGCGCGAGGGUUCAACCUAAAGGAUGGCGAGGUGUACAAACGCGCGACACCGGAGGCAGACGCGGAAACGCCCCGAGAAUCCGGGGAAGCCGCCAGGGACCAACAACCAGCGCUUUUCUCUCUCUCGACACUCAGAAUGACCUUGUUGACGCCCGCCAUCCUCGGCCUCCGCCGUGAUGCGCGCAUCCUCAAGCUCCCGCCCUACCUUUCCGCUCUGUGCAUCAUUGUCGGCGUCAUAUGGCUUUUGCUGCUGCCAUUGGACGAGUACUCCCGCCAGACCUACGUGUCCGAGAAUGCCCUGCUGCCUGGCCAGGUCCACACCUACUUUGGAGGCAGUGAGCACAACAUCUUCCGCGCCUACAGACACGAGGUCGCUCAAUUGGUAGACAAGCCGAUUGAAGAGAGAACCCAACGACUGGAGGAAAUCUUGAGGUCCUCCGGCUUGAAGGUCGCGCAUCAAAAGUACAGCUACGAGACGCCCGGCAAGCGCGUCGCCAACGAGAAUGUCUACGCCGUGUUGCAGGGACCAAGAGCGGACGCGACUGAGGCAGUCGUGCUUGUUGCAGCUUGGGAUACAACCAAGGAUGAGGUAAACCACAGCGGUGUUGCCUUGGUCCUCACUCUGGCGAGAUAUUUCAAGAGAUGGUCGCUGUGGUCUAAAGAUAUCAUUAUAUUGAUCGCAGGUGACAGUACCGCCGGGUCACAGGCUUGGGUCGACGCAUAUCACGAUGCCCAUAACCCGGCCUCGGUCGAGGCUCUUUCCAUCAAGAGUGGUGCGCUACAAGGCGCCGUUGCCGUUGAGUACCCGGCUGGACCCUGGGGCCACAGGUUCGACAAGCUGCACAUGAUCUAUGAUGGCGUCAAUGGGCAGCUUCCGAAUCUGGAUCUCUUCAACACUGCCGUGGCCAUUGCCAGCGGGCAGAUGGGCAUCGGCUGUACGCUCCAGCGCAUGUGGGACCACAAUGACUCCUAUCAAGAAAGAUUGCAAACAAUGCUGCGCGGAAUGAUCAGUCAAGGCCUGGGUCACGCUUCCGGUCCUCACAGCGCCUUCAUCCCGUACCACGUCGAUGCCAUUACCCUGCAGACUGUCGGCGAUGGCUGGCACGACGAGAUGUCUCUUGGCCGCACUGUCGAGAGCUUGUUCCGCAGUUUGAAUAACCUCCUCGAACACCUGCACCAGAGCUUCUUCUUUUACCUCUUGAUGCAGGCAAACCGCUUCGUCAGCAUAGGCACAUACCUACCCAGCGCCAUGCUAAUUGCUGUCAAUUUCACCAUCACAUCCAUUGCGCUCUGGGUGCAGAGUGGACGCCCUUCCAUUCCCAGCGUCAACCCAGCUUCUACUGAGCAAAAGGAUGAGAAGAAGCAAGACAUGACGAUUGUCAAAGAAGGUGGCAUGGUUGCCGCUGUACCGUCCGCAACGUUGGCAACCGUUGAACGAGCCAUAUUUCUCCCUCUUGCUUUCGUCAGCGGAGUACACUUUCUCGGCCUUCUACCACUCUACACCUUCAAUCACACCUCCAGAGAUGUACGUAUCACGCUCCUCCCCUUCUCUCCCAGCCUCCCAGCCACCACACCAACCACCCCGCCCCACAUAGCAUCUUCAGGCUGCACUGCCCCAAGGCGCCCCAUAGUAGCCGCCCACUGACCGGAGUCCCAUCGAUCCAUCCCACACUAUCCCCAUGGCCCGCCACGCAAGCAAGUAGAAGGAGAAGAAGAAGAGUUAGCUAACGCGACGCCCAAAAUAGCACCUCGGCACGGCCUUUGUC